AUGGUGCCUCACGAGACGGACAUUUUCUCGAUAGCGGUGACGCCAAACUCGGUCAUCUCGGGCUCUGGCGCAUCGACCCUGCGCAUCCACAGCACGACCACACCCGAUUAUCCCAUUGCACAGUCUAUCGACGGUGCCCACAAGCUCGGCUGCCACCAUGUGACGACGGCCAAGGGCGGCUCUGGGCAGGUGGCCUGUUCGGCAGGCUUUGGUGGCGAGGUGAACGUAUGGCGGCGCAGCGAGGCAGGCGACUGGACGCUAGACACGACCCUGCGGCCGAGUGACCUGAUCGCAGGAAACAAAGGCGGCGCUCCUGGGACCCAGGAAGGCGCUCCGGCAGCAGCUAUCACCAAGACCGACAAGACGACCGACGCGUGGGCCCUUGCGCUCAGCAAAAACGAGCAGUACCUGGCGUACACGACUCAUGAUGGGCGCGUGGGCGUGUGGGACCUGCAGGCGCGCGCACAGUUGCUUGUCUACAGCUCACACAACCGGGCGACAAGCAGCUUUGCCAUGGCGGUCGAUCUGAGUCAAGACGGAAAAUACACGGCGGCAGGGUACCAGAGCGGUUCCGUUAACGUGUUCAACAAUGACCAGUCCAAGCUGGUGUACACGUUACCAGGUCUAGCCAAGCCUGUGCGGGCGGUGGCGUUCUCGCCGCUUGGCAAGCGGCUGGCAGCCGGCGGGGACGCCGGCGUGAUCUCGCUGUACGAUAUGAAGCAUGGCGAACCCGUGGGCAAUCUGACAACACCGGGGUCGACGACGUCGAGCUCAGCCGUGUGGGUAAUGUCGCUCGAUUUCUCGGCAUCGGGCGAAUAUCUACUGGCCGGGUACAUGGACGGCAAAGUGCGGGUAUGGAACGUGGAGCUAGGGACGUGCGUGGCGACCAACGGCGAGACAGAAAUGUCAGCGCUGUGGAGCGUCAAGUGGCUGCCGCCCAAGUCGGAACGGCCUGGGGCCGACACAGAGAGCUUCUGCGCAGCGGGUGCGGACCGGCGGCUGACAUUCUACCGCGAGGCCGGCUCGAACCCAAUAAUAUAG